GGUUGUUCCUAUUAGAAUGAGAGAGAACCCAUACACACCUUCUUAUAAAUAUGGGAAGGUUGCCAAUUACUCAAAGCACAUUGGGUCUUAACUCUUUCUGUUACACAAACACACACAUAGAAAGAAAGAGAGAGAUGAGUGAGGAUAUGGGAGGAGUGAAAGUAGUCUCAAAAUGGCCACCGGUUAUAGUUAUGGUGGCAUCACAAGUAGCGAUGGGUUCGGUGAAUGCACUUGUGAAGAAAGCUCUCGAUGUUGGUGUGAACCAUAUGAUCGUUGGUGCUUAUCGAAUGGCUAUUUCCUCGCUCAUUCUGGCUCCUAUUGCCUAUUUUUUGGAAAGGUUUAUUGAUAUUUUGAUGUACAAUUUCAAAAGGAAAAUAAUACCGCAAAUAACGUUUAGGCUAAUGGUCGAUCAUUUCAUCAGUGGUUUGCUCGGGGCAAGUUUGAUGCAAUUUUUCUAUUUGCUGGGUCUGUCGUAUACGUCAGCAACUGUUGCGUGUGCUUUGGUAAGCUUGAUGCCUGCAAUCACCUUCGCUUUCGCUCUUAUUUUCAGGACUGAAAAGAUAAAAAAUCUAAAGACCCAAGCAGGAAUGAUAAAAGUGAUGGGAACUAUCAUAUGUAUAGGUGGAGCUUUGUUCUUAACAUUUUACAAAGGCCCUCAUAUAUCAAACUCUCACUCUCACCUACAGGCUCUUCCUCACACCAACAGCAAUCACAACACCAAGAAUUGGCUUCUUGGAUGUCUCUACUUAACCAUAGGAAUCGUGUUGCUAUCUCUAUGGAUCUUGUUUCAAGGGACUUUAAACAUCAAGUACCCUUGCAAAUUCUCAAGCACUUGUCUCAUGUCAAUUUUCGCAGCUUUUCAGUGUGCUCUAUUGAGUCUUUACAAGAGUAGAGAUCUUAAACAUUGGAUCAUCGAUGAUGGAUUUGUGAUCGGUGUCAUCGUAUAUGCUGGAGUGAUAGGACAAGCAAUGUCGACUGUAGCAGCGACAUGGGGAAUAACGAGAUUAGGAGCUGUUUUCGCAUCAGCAAUUAUGCCAGUUUCUCUAAUUUCGGCUACUCUAUUCGAUUUCCUAAUCUUAGACACUCCUUUAUACCUCGGAAGUGUGAUUGGAUCAGUAGUAACAAUAAUAGGUCUUUACGUGUUCUUGUGGGGUAAGAACAAAGAAAUGGAAGCAUAACUACAUUGUCUUCUCGGAUGAAUAACGAAGACCAACAUUAAAUAUUAGUGUGUUUUUUUUUUUUGAAAUAUUAGUGUUGUUAUAAUAGUAUGAUGUAUAUGGCUUCAUUGUCCACGUCGAGAAUUAGUAAUGACUCUCUCGGCGAAAAGAGAAGUAAAAAAAAUUCAGAUUCAAAUUGUACAAGCAGUUUGUAUAAUUAAUACAGUAGAACCUCUAUAAAUUAA